AUGGCAUACGGGCAUGCGAACAGAUAUAAAAGGGCUCGACUUUGCGCAUUAGUACCGUGUCGCUCGCGGAUGGCUGAGUUUAGUAGAAGUAUUUUGAUCGAGUACGACGUAACACAUUCUGAUGAUUAUAAUUCGGUUUUAGAAUUCGUCCUUAAUCAUUACUAUCGCGAUGAACCGAUGAAUAAUUCGUAUAUUUAUGGAAGUAACCCAGCAGAGGAUGACGUCGAGUUUUCAGUUUCGUUUAUGUUUAAGGGAAUGGCGAUUAAAGCAGUUGACCGUAGUCGAGGAAAUCAUUUGAUUGGAAUCUCAAUUGCCAAUCCCAUUUACCCGGGGUACGUCGAUGACUUAUUGCAAGCGGCGAAACUUGCUAAAACUCGAAAAUGGAGUGACAGCUUGAAGCUUCUAGCACGUCUACAACAAUCUGUGAACGUAUUGGAGCGGUUCAACGUUCCCAAAUGCUAUGAUAUCGAGAUAGUGGCCGUCGAUCCAGAAUAUAGAGGUCAUUCGAUUGGAGCGAAACUUUUCGAGAGACAAUUCGAAAGAGGAAGGGAUCUUGGAUAUCCAUUAGCUAGCGCAGAUUGCUCAAGCUACUACUCGGCACGGAUUGCAGAGCGUGUUGGAAUGACGUGUGUUGGACGGCUCGCUUAUGUAGACUACCGAGAUGAGCACGGAGUGCAAUUGUUUCAACCAAGUGCUCCACAUCUGGAAAUUCAAACUUUUGCGAAAAGGCUGUGACUAUUGAUUAUAGCAUUAGCCGGGUAAAUAACAAAGUUUUAGUAAUCUAUUGAACAACGCUCCCACUCUUAGGUCGACAUAUUUGGAACAGCUAACGCGCCCUGAUACUCCUCCUCAGUGUAAAGUGGUGCCAAAAUCACAGCAGAAAUUGGUGGCUAUGAUACCUGAUUCAAAAUCAUGAUAAAUAUAAGUGCUGUUUAAAUUUAUAUUUUGAAAA